AUGACAAUGUCAGACGACGAACCAGUCUUCACGUCGCUCAAGGACCGCAUCGCCGCUCUCAACCUUCAGCAGGGCAGUGCGCCGGUGCCCAUGAAAGCACCGCCACCCAAGCCCAAGAAGUUUGCCCCCAUCCCGUGCCGUGACCCCUCCCCUGUGUCCGCAGUCUCCUCCACCUCCUCAUAUGCGCCGACGCCGCUCCGUCCCCCACUGCCCCCAAAGCCCCCUCUUCCCAGCAAAGCGAAUAAGCCAGCUCAUCCUCUUCCAGGCCGCCACCUCCCCACCCACAACGUCGAUAACCCUGUUCGAAUACCGGAUUCCCCAGAACGCACAGCACCGCCGCCGCUUCCUGCACGCAAGGCGAGCUCCGAGCUGGCACUUUCCCCGCGACGGCCUUCGGUCGAAACGAGCGCAUCGGCUGGGCGGAUUCCACCCUCGAUUCCUGAGCGGCGCCCCAACGUCAACGGCGAUGGUGACCUCGAGGCGCUCGAGCCACCGGCACGCCCCACACCUCCGCUACCCAGUCGCAAGCCCGAACUGCCGCCGCGCCUCCCAGCUCGCCAACAGGACGAGCAUGAAGAUCACACUCUAUCAACCUCGCCAACACCCACUAAGACUAAGCCGGCACCGGAACUUGCCCGCCGUACUCUACCGCCAAACGUUCUUCGAGGUCCCUCUCCACCGCCCGCUCCCACAUCUCAUCCCAGCAAUGGCCCACCUCCCAUCCCUCUCCAUUCACGUCCUCCCCCCGUACCCCUCGGUUCUAGGCCGAAGUCGUCGCCCGCGGCGGUUGCUGCUCCACCAGCCGCCGGAGGACCGAUCAACAUGCCACCCCUCAACUGCCUAGUGUGCCGCGACUACACGCAGCCGGACGAAGUAGCAGCACAGUACCCCCGCGAGAACCUGCCGCACGACCCCAUCCCGUACUUGGCCGACGUCCUUUGCUCGCCUUUCGAGUACUUGGCGGACAAGGCGCGCGCGAUCUUCACUUGGUGUCAUCACAACAUCGAGUACGAUGUGGCGAACUUCUUGGCCAAUACCGUCCCGCGCGGUCACACCGCCGAGGACACGAUCCGCAACGGAAAGGGUGUCUGUGACGGGUUCUCCCGCGUGUAUGAAGCGAUCGCGCAGGCAGCGGGGAUGGAGUGUGUGAGGGUGAGCGGACACGGAAAGGGGUUCGGUUACAAGUCGCCUGGGGCAGGUGUGAUCUCGCCCUUCACCGCGAACCACGCGUGGAACGCGGUAGUCCUCGACGACGGACGGUGGAAGCUGAUCGACGCGUGCUGGGGAGCCGGGAGCCUGGUCAAUCACGCGUGGGAACAGAAACUGAAACCGAAUGAGUUUACUAAGAGCAACGACGCUUUCGGCCUCCGCCACUUCCCCCAGAAUCCAAGCGAGCAGUUCCGGGAAGACGGCCGAGAGAUGUCAUGGGAGGAGUACAUCUGCGACAACGGCGGCGAACCGGCAACGUUCUGCGGGAACGCAUACGAUGAGGGCUUAGACCCUACGGGACUAGAACCAGCCAUGCGCCGCCUCGAGCCGCGCGCACUCUCGCAGGCAGGCCUAGUCCGCUUCCAGGUCCCAUGGGUGUGCGAUCACUGGAGUGACAAUGUCGUCACUCCCAAGGGCGGCCCGCAACUCGCGAUGGUAAACACGAACGACGACUACUUUCCCAUGGAGUAUAAUGGCGACUGGUGGUAUAUCGACAUCCCAGCAGACAAGAUCCGAGGCAAGACGAUGAUUGUCGGGCUCGACAAGGUCAACGGCGUUGACGCGCGGGGCACGACACGGGAAGAGUUCCUCCGCCUAAAGGGCCGAAUUGGAUACAGCCUGGUUGCUUUUGUACAGUACGAUGUGGUGUAA